GAACAUUAGCUACUGUCCCAAACGAAAAGAAGAGCUUGACGGCAUAUCCUCCAAUAGAUUCCGACUCUACUCAGGAAUAUACCAUUCACGCGAAAUUCUUCAUAAGAAUCAGAUUCCUUACUUGUUUCAAUACUCCCUUCUCUCUCUCACUCUUCCUCCUCACCAAUCAUUCAUAAUGAUUUCAGCUUCUCUCUCUAUAAAUCCUUCCUUAACUCCUUUUCUCUCUACCGUUCCUUCUUCUUCUUCUUCUUCUUCUUCUUCUUUUCCUUCGUUAGCUCUUCCUUCCAUUUCCUCUCAUCUUCAUCUAUCUCUUCCUCUUUCAAAAAGACCCAAGAGAUAUUCUUGUUUGGAAUAUCCUUUUCGGCGGUAUCGGAGUUUGGAAGAGAAGAGAGGGGGAGCUAUUGCUGGGAAGAAGAUGGAUAUUGAAGAAGUUAAGGAAGAGGGAGUAGAAGAAGGGCCGCCGCUUUUGGAGAACUCAGAAGGGAAUUCGAAGCCUCGGCGGAUCGCUCUCUUUGUUGAGCCAUCGCCUUUUGCUUAUGUAUCUGGAUAUAAAAAUCGAUUCCAGAACUUCAUUAGAUAUCUACGCGAAAUGGGGGAUGAGGUCAUCGUCGUGACAACUCAUGAAGGAGUGCCCCAGGAAUUCUAUGGAGCAAAAUUAGUCGGGUCAUGGAGCUUCCCCUGCCCGUGGUAUCAAAAAGUGCCCCUUUCGCUGGCACUCAGCCCUAGAAUAAUUUCAGAAGUUGCGAGGUUCAAGCCAGACAUAAUACAUGCAUCGUCACCCGGAAUAAUGGUAUUUGGCGCGCUCAUCAUUGCAAAACUCCUUUGUGUCCCCAUAGUGAUGUCAUAUCACACCCAUGUUCCAAUAUACAUUCCAAGAUACACCUUCAGUUGGCUAGUGAAGCCCAUGUGGUUGAUCAUAAAGUUUCUUCACAGAGCUGCUGAUCUUACGUUGGUGCCUUCAGCAGCCAUCGGGAGGGAUCUCGAAGCUGCUCGUGUGACAGCAGCAAAUAAGAUACGCCUUUGGAACAAAGGUGUUGAUUCAGAAAGUUUUCACCCUCGUUACCGCAGCCAUGAAAUGAGAGUAAGGCUAAGCAACGGUGAACCCGAAAGGCCGUUAGUAAUUCAUGUUGGACGCUUAGGAGUUGAAAAGAGCUUGGAUUUCCUCAAACAGGUCAUGGAUAGGCUUCCACAAGCACGGAUCGCUUUCAUUGGAGAUGGACCAUAUAGAGAGGAGCUUGAAAAGAUGUUCUCUGGCAUGCCAGCAGUAUUCACAGGGAUGCUACAAGGUGAGGAGCUCUCCCAGGCAUAUGCAAGCGGGGAUGUUUUUGUGAUGCCAUCAGAAUCUGAGACCCUUGGGCUUGUGGUCUUGGAGGCCAUGUCAUCAGGUGUCCCAGUCGUGGGUGUCCGCGCUGGUGGGAUUCCGGACAUAAUCCCUGAAGAUCAGGAGGGGAAGACGGGCUUCCUCUAUGCCCCGGGGGAUAUCGAUGACUGCGUGAAGAAAGUUGACAGCCUAUUGACUUGCACUGAAUUGAGAGAAAGCAUGGGAAAAGCAUCCCGAGAGGACAUGGAGAAGUACAAUUGGCGGGCUGCCACCCAAAAGAUAAGGAAUGAGCAAUACAACGCUGCUAUUUGGUUCUGGCGGAAGAAGAGGGCGCAGCUACUGAGACCACUGCAAUGGUUGAUGAGACUGAUUUUCCGGACACGUGUGCCAGAAAUCACAUACGGGUGAUAGAAAAUACUCAUUGGGCUUAAAGGAAGCCUUUGGAAGAUAUAUGGGUGAUUGGAUGUGUGUAUGCAAUCAUGCAUUUCUUGUAUAUUAACAGACCCAUGAAGUCUCUGUUCAUUAUGCUUGUUUGAUGCAAUAAAGUUUGAUUGAUUGAUUUGCUUUAA